AUGGACAACAAUCUAUAUGAAGUAUUAUUUGAGCUCUCAAAAGAUAAUAAAUUUGAAGAUUUGUUGAUUCAAUGUCUAGAAUUAUUGCUAAUAAGGAUUAACGCAAUUUUUUCUUUUGAAAAUAAGCAUGCCAAUAAUACAUCAAAACUUCAAGACGAAACAAAUUUACCUCAUAUUUUUGAAAGUUUAACUAGUACAUUUGAGGACAGUACUCGUAUGGAAAUAAUUAUUGCGAUUAAAAAAAAUUUGAUGAAAAUGACAAAUUUUUGUGAAAUAGAAAAAUUGUUUCAAACAAACAUCAACCAGGUACUAGAUUAUUUUGAAGAAAUAUAUAAAAUUUAUGAAUUUAUAACAGUUUGUUGUAUAGAGCUUAAAAAUACGAAAAAAUUAAUGUAUUAUUUAGUUUUGUCUCACAAUAUUCUCCCUUGUUUUAUUAUUGGGGACUUACUAUUUCUUAGAAAAAAUAUGGCAGGAAAUUGGAACACUGAAAAAAUAUUGAUAUCUUCAAUAGCAAAGGUAUCUAAGGAAAUUUAUCGAGACCAAAAUUCUAAGUUCUUAUCCACAAAAAUGGAGGAGUUAUAUUUUUCAUGGAUAAUUUGUUUGGACAAUUUGCUCGAGUAUUUAAAAACUAGAUUAUUUAUAAUUAAUAAUUCUCGGAAUAAUUUUUCGAAAGAAAUAUUGGGUUUAACGAAAUAUACUCAGGAGUUGUUUUAUUGGAUCUCCAGAUCAAAUUUAUCGUAUUAUUAUCAAAUAUUAAUUAUUAUUAUUUUUUGCGAUAGUUUAUCUAUUAAAACGCUAAACAAUAAUCAAAUGCUAGACUUAUUUGAAGAUCCAUCAUUAAAUAACGUUAAUAUGUUAUCGGGAGCAAAUGAAGUUGACGGCAUACAUGAAAAUAUUAUUAAAAUAUUAAAUAAGUUUUUAAAGUUUAGAAUGCAUAAUGAAAUUUUAGAUUUACUUGUUAUUCUAAAUGGGUUAUCUACAUUACUUAUCAAUAUUGUUCAUCAAAAUAUGAAGAAAUUGAAUUCUCCAGAAACUGAUUUACAUAUUAGAAUAAGUCAUAAUCUCUAUAUAAAUUCUAUGGAAUAUUAUUGUUUUAACGUUAAGUUUGAAGCAAAAGAGCUUAAAAUAAUGGAAUUACAUUAUUUGAAAGCAAGACUCUGUAUGGCAAAUCAGUUAUUACUUGAAAGACUAUAUUUAAAUCAGUGUUUAACAAAUAAAUUUAAUCAGAUAGCUCUUGAUCGAAGAUAUCAAAAGGUGCUGACAAGUUAUUUAUUUUUAACAAUAGGAGUAAUUAAUUCGUUUUCAAAAAUUGAACUUGACAAAAAUUUAAUUUUUAUUAUUGGCAAUUUGCUUGAUUCACAGUGCUUUAUACUAGAAAAUAUUUUAAGCGAAAAUUUGUCUUUUGAUAGUGUUUUUUUCAAAAACAUGGAUAGUUAUCGCACUUCAUUAUUAAAUUAUAUAAUAAAACAGAUUUUUUUUUUAAGAAGUAAGAAUCAAAAGUUCGAGUUUUUAUGCGAUAAUUGUAUUUUUAAAAUAGUGAAAAUUUUUUCUCUAUUUUUGGAAAUUCAAACCAAACAAAUUCAAGAGCACGAGGAAAAUGUUGGAACUAUAGAUAAAAUAAAAAUUAAGUUUAAAACGAGUAUUUGCGAAGUCGUGAUAAGAUUUAUACAAUAUAGAAAUGGUAUAUUAGAUGAAUUGUUUAAUAACAUGGAAGAAAUGGUUAAUCAUAUUUUGAAUAAUACACAAAUUAAAGAUAAUUCGGAUAUGGACGAAAUUAUAUUAAAUUUCCUUUUAUCAAUAUCGGAAAAUUUAAUUCGUCUUUCGUCACAAAUGAGAUCGAUAAAGAAUUAUAAAGAUUCAGUUAAAUUGCUUAACUUAGCUUUGAAGUGCUUAUCAAACACAUUUACUGUGCCUUGGGUUGCCGUAGAUGAAUCAAUAUAUGAAAUUGAGAAAAAAAUACAAAAGUUAAAAAUAGUUGAAGAAAGACCUAACAUUAAUUUAUCAAGAUAUUUAUAUUUAACUCCAAUUAGAAAAUAUGAUUACCUUCAAGAAGAGAAUAAUUUAACAAUUGAUAAUUUAUUAAAUUUUACAGAAAAAAAUCAUUUUGAAGAAUUAUGGAAAAACGAAAACUUUGAAUUUUACAAUUAUGAAAGUAUAAAACAUAAAAAUGUUGGUUUUGUUUCUUACAACACUAAUGUAAAGUUUGAAAAUCUACUUACUCCAUUUACGCAAAAAUUAAGAAGUAAAGGUUUAUCCCAAAUACAAUCACAGACAAUUAAGAGAAUUCAAACAUCAGCAAUAUCUUAUAUUGUCAAGAGCAAAUCACAAUUUAAUAAAAUUAAUGGGAGGGAAAUAAUUCCAGUUAGUAAAAAAUUAAAAGAUGGUGAAAUUGACUUUCCUAUACAUAUUCUACUUUUUUUGAUAGCAUUGGAUCAAAUUAUUUCUUCAAUUCAACUUCAAUUCUCACAAGAACCAACUAAAACUUUUUUAGAGAACAUAUUAUUAUUAGUUGAAGAAAAACUUUCCAUUCUUUUCACAUUGAUUGAUCAUUGUAGUUAUUUGUUCAUUUUUGGUGAUAGAUUAAUUGAACUAUUUCCGUUUAUUGAAGAUUUUGAUAAAAUUUAUUCAUCAAAGAUCGUUAUACAUGAAAAAAACACUAAUUGCAAUGAUCAAAUAGUAAAACAAUAUUUUUUUAAUUUAUUUAGUUCAAUUGUUGCAAGAUUUACAAAAGCAAAAUUACUUUUAAUCAAUGAAUUUUCCACAAACAAAAUGACAUUAUAUAGAUACCCUGCAGUUAAAAAUGAAAGAAAUUAUGUUAUUCAGAUAAUUUGGUUUAAUUUGGAACUGAAUUACUAUCUUUACUACCGUGAAGUAUCUAGUAAAUAUAAUCAAAUAUUCAAAAAAGGUAUUUUAAAUGGAUUCUGUGCGGAGAUAAUUAAUGUUUAUAAGAUAAUAAAUAAAUUUAUAGAUGAAAGAAGAGCUGAGAAAUUAGUUACAUCAUCUAAAUUAAACUUCGAGUUAUAUUUUAAGUUUAAAGUUGAGUUUUUAAAUUACUAUUUGUGGCUAAUGAAAGUAUUUAAUAUUCAAAACAAUAACUUAGUUGAUUCAAAAGUAAUUUAUAAAAGUGAAAUUAAUAUAAUUCUUGACGAAUUAACUUCAUUGAUAAACAAAAUAAGUCUUGAUUAUAAAUUAUUAUAUUUAUCGAGAAUGAAUACCUAUAAUAUUUAUUUAUUAUUCUUUGAAGAUUUCAACAAUACUUUUUCCACAAUUACUAGUUCAAAUUUAUCAAAAGAUAAAAAUAACAAAAUUCACAUAAAUAUACAAGAAUCACUUAAUUUAUUGUACAAAUACUUAGGGAUUCAUGAAAAUUAUGAGCAAAACUUUUGUAAAUUAAUUACUUUAGAAUAUUGGGAAGAUAAACUAAAUUCAGAAAAUAAUACUAUUUUAUGUAGUAAGCAGAACAUAGCAUACUUUCAGCAGAAUGUUGAAAAAGAGAUAUUUAAUGAAUUUGAAGAUAUACCUAUACCUAUUAAUAACAAGAUAAAUGGCUCAGAACAAGAAGAUAAAAAGGAUAAAUCAUUCGGUUUUGAAAGUAAUAAUUACUCUAAAUCGAGUUUGAAUAUUAAUAGUUUUAUGUUGAAAACUAAUGAACUAAUAAAUAAUCAAGAAUUUUAUAAAGUUAUUUGUGAAAUAGGACUAAAUGAGCUUGAAAUUCUACUUUAUAAUACUUAUGAGGUACUCGAAAUAAUACUUUCACAGGGUUUAGAUUCAAAGUUAUCAAAAAAAUUAAUUGGUGCAGCACUAUAUUUUUUUAAUCCAUGUUGGACAUUUAUUUUAUCAUUCAAAAGUAAUCUAAUUGACAUAGAAACCGUAUCAAAAUAUAUUCAUUAUUCUUUAAGUGAAUUCAUCGAAAAUUUUCAGUUAUUUUCCAUGAAUAAUACUGAACAAAAGGAAAUGAUAAUAAUGAAUAUUGGAUUAUUUGUUUCAAAUAUUCUUUAUUAUUCAGCUCGAUUAAUAGAUAGAGAGUUAUACGAUUCAAAUGAUUCUAUUAUUAAAUGGUUAGGCGUUGCAAAUAUCUACUUGGACGGCUUAUUAUUUUUAGUUGAAAAUAAAUAUUUAUUAUCAAGUGAUUUUAUAGAUGAAAAAAUAUCAAUUCCAUCAUCAGUUAAAGAAACUCUACUUAAUUUAAUUGUAUUAAAGAUAGAAAGUAUAAAUAUAAUAGACGAAGUUUUUAGUUUUCUGGAAAUAAUAAAUAGAGUAGGAGUUGAUGAAAUUAUUAAUGAUAAACCAAGUAAUAUGGCACUAUUCAUCAGAAUAUUAAACAAAUUAUCAACUCUUUUUAUGAAAGCAAAUAAACCAGACAUAUCAUUGUUUUAUUUGCUUGAAUCGAAUAAAAUUACACAGGUAAUUAUAUUAUGGUUAGAAACAUGUAAUAUUAAUUCUUUACAUUGGCAGCAUAAUAUUUUGUCAACUUGUUUAUCACAUAAUUUCCAAAUUUAUUUUAUUAAUUUGGUUUUAAAAUCAUUGACUCAAUUAGGAGAAUUCUGGUGGAAGUUAGGAGUAAUUGAAAGGUCACAAAGUGUAUAUAACAAAAUUGUUGCUUUUUACAAAAAGUGGACAAUACCCUAUAAAAAGCUAAUAGUCCUUUAUUUUUAUCAGCUCCCUACACUACUAAAUCAUAUAUUCUCAAGAUCAGACUCUCAAUUUAAUUUAGUUUACUCUAUAGAUAAUCUCGACCUAUUUAAAAAAACAUUUUAUGAAAAAGAUAUUUCUGGUAAUUCUGAAGGUUUAAAUAUUGAUUUCCUUAAAGAAAUAUUGGAGUAUAUUAAAAUUAUUUCUGUCUGUAAAUAUUUAAGUUAUUUUGAAGAAGAAAUCAUAUUAAUGAAAUUACUUUUUAUAUUAUUAUAUUUUACUCUGAAUAAUAGUCUGCCAAUUAUAAAAGAUUACUUUAUUAAUAACUUCCCCUUUAUUUUUCAAAAUGACACACUAUUGCCAGAAAAUUGCGAGUUUAAAAUUAUACAAACUUUAAGAAAAAUUAUUAUUAAAUUGCUUAAGGACAAUAUAAACUCCUCAAACUUAAUCUUGGAAUUAUUAUCAAUAAAUGCAGAUGAGUAUUUAAAAAAUAAGUAUUUCAUGUUUUUUUUAAGUAAUACUGUUAAUUAUAUACUAUUAUUUAUUUCUUCAAAAUAUACUGAAAUUAUUGGUACUUAUUUUAUUAAAAAAUGCUCUAAAGAAGCAAUUCAAAACAUAGUUAUUUUGGAAAACGAAUUUGAUAUUAUUAAAAAAUUUAACUCCAAUAUUAAAAAAAACAGUAUUGAAUUUACUAUAAAAGAAAUAUGUAAACUAAUUAUUUCAAUUAAACAAAUACUAUCAAUUGAAUUAACUCCGGUAGAAUCUCAAGUUAUAUUAAUUGAGCCCACAAAAUUAAAUAAUUCAAAUUAUGAAAAUAAAUUGAUUUCGAGUAACUAUUCAAUUGAAAAAAAUGAGCUUAAUUCAAUAGUUGAUCAAAUAAGUCAAGAAGAAUCGAUUAUAAAAAAUAGAUUACAUUUAUUUAAACAAAUCUUGGUUUUUGUCGAUACUAUUUUCAAACAUAUGCUUUUAAACGAGAGAAUGAAUUAUUAUUUACUUAACCAACUUUCAGCUUCAAUUAUUUUAGAUAUUACAUUAUUAAUAAAAGUAUUAUGUUAUCCAGAUACCAGUUGGAAUACUAUUUUUUGUUGCUUUAUUAAUUCUUUAACCCCUAUUUCACUAUCAAAUGAUUACUCAUUUUCAAUAAUACAAUCAAUAAGAACAAUUCAAAGAGAAUUCGAACAUUUUAGAAUUAAGGAUAAAUAUAAUUCUGUUUUUGAAAGUAACAUACAGCCAAAUUUACUAAAAUUUUUCCUUGAUAAUAAAAAUAAUGAAUUAUCAAACUGGAGAUGGGGAGGAGAUAUAUCUAUUAAAGAAAUUGAAGAUAAUAUUUCAAUGGUUUAUAUCCGAUUUUCAACAUUUUUCACCAAUUUUACAUAUAAAAGUUCAAAUAACUUUAAAUACUCUUUACUGCAAAUAACGAAAGAUUUCUCUUAUAAUGGAUAUAUAAGUGAAUUAACUAACGCAAUUAAUAAUCAAUCAAGAUACAAUUCAUCGAAACUAACUUUGUUUUAUUUCGUUGAAAAUGCCAGGUUAAAUAAACUUUUGGAGGAGUUCGACAAUAUUCAACGUAUGAAUACAGAAAGUAUCAUUAACAUUGAUAUUGAUACGAACUCAAGCGAGCAAGCAAGGCAAUGGUGGAAUAAAAGAAUAUCUAUAGAAUCUAGGCUAAAUAAAUGGCUAAUUAAUUUUUCAAAUCAAAUAUUAAAUGGAUGGAUAACGAAGCUCUUUUAUGGAUGGAAUAAAAAAUUAAGCAUUAAGAAAAAUUUUAAACAAGUAAUGGAAUUUGUUAAAACCCAUUUAAUUGAUAUAAAUCAAUCAUUGAUUAAUAUCAUUUUAUUUUCUUUAACAAAUAAUGCACCUCAAAUCCUUGCUUUAUUAGAAUCAAACAAUAUGCUCAAUUUAGACUUAACUGAAAUUCGCAAUCAAUUCAAAAAAAUAAAGUUCCAAUCAAGUAGGAAUAAGGUCGAGAAGCUUCCUGUGAUCGUCUUUUUGGAUAAAAUAUUAAUUUGUUUGCCAAUAGAAAGCAUCUAUGAUUUGAGAUAUCAACCAAUAACUAGAGGAAUUAAUAGAAGGAUAUGCAAAAAUAACAUGGAUAAUUUUUUUCAACAACUCCGAAAACAUAAAGAAAAUAAUCUUCACCUACUUGCCGACUUCUGCAACUUGUAUUACUGCAUAAACCCAACUGGGGACUUAGAAGAAACUGAAAAGAUUAUUACUGCCUUUAUUAAACAGAAAUUUGGGUCAAAAUGUUCAGGGAUAUCAAACUCGACUCCUCAAGCAACAGUUAUAAUGAAUAAUAUGUGUAUUAAUCAGUCUAACCUCUAUCUUUUUUGUGGCCACCAGGCAGGAGAAAGGUUCAUCCAAGGUGAAGCAUUCGAAAGAGGAGUAGUAACUGGUAAUUUGAACAACGGCAAAAAUCAUUUUUACAUACCUCCUUCGUUAUUAAUUGGCUGCAGCUCUUCAAAAAUAAGAUCAUAUGGGUCGAAUAAUAUAUUUUUUACACCAAUGCACUAUUUAAUUGGUGGGAGUCCCUUCGUUCUUGGAGCACUUUGGGAUGUUACGGACCAAGAUAUAGACCGUUUUACAAUGUCAAUUUUUGACAAUUGGGUUGGAUUAAAGCUCUCAUUGAUUGAAUCAAUUACACUUGCAAGGCAAGAAUGUAAGCUUCCUUUAUUGAAUGGGUCAUCAUGCGUUUGUUUUGGUUACCCAAUUUAA